GGUGGGGGCCUGGCGGGGGCAUCCGGCGAAGCUGGGGUCCCCGGGCUCCGUCCGGAGGAAGCGAGGCUGGGCCGCCAGAGGGGACGGGACGCGCUGGCGGGCGGACUCGCCCUGUCGGUGGUGACUGCGCCGUCCCGGGCCCGUCCUGCCUGGCCGCAGGUGCCCUGGAUGAGGCCGCCCCGCGCGCCGCGACCGGUCUCUUAAUCCAUGGAUAAAGUGGGGAAAAUGUGGAAUAACUUCAAAUACCGGUGUCAGAAUCUCUUCGGUCAUGAGGGAGGAAGCCGUGGUGAGAGCGUGGACAUGAACUCCAACCGAUGUCUGUCUGUCAAAGAGAAAAGCCUGAGUGUGGGGGACCCCGCUCCCCAGCAACAAAGCAGUCCCUUAAGAGAAAAUGUUGCCUUACAGCUGGGGUUAAGCCCUGCAAAGAGCUCUGCCAGGAGAAGCCAGAACUGUGCUGCGGAAAUCCCGCAAAUUGUGGAAAUCAGCAUCGAGAAGGAGAACGAGGCGGGCGGGCCACCCGGCACCAGGCUUGCACGGAGAGAUUCUUACUCUCGGCACGCUCCGUGGGGUGGGAAGAAGAAACAUUCCUGUUCUACCAAGACCCAGAGCUCGCUGGAUAGCGACAAGAAAUUCGGGCGAGCCCGGGGCGGACUGCCGAGGAGAGAGCGGCGCUGUGGGGCCAGCUCGGCGCACGACCUGGACAGCGUUUCCAGCCGAGCCGUGGGGAGCCGCUCGCUGCGCCAGCGGCUGCAGGACACCGUGGGCUUGUGCUUUCCCGUGCGAACCUACAGCAAGCAGGCCAAGCCCCUGUUUUCCAACAAAAGGAAGAUCCAUCUCUCUGAACUAAUGCUAGAGAAAUGCCCUUUCCCUGCCGGCUCUGACCUAGCUCAAAAGUGGCAUCUGAUCAAACAGCAUACGGCUCCCGUGAGCCCACACUCCACCUUCUUUGAUACCUUUGAUCCAUCACUGGUUUCGACAGAAGAUGAGGAAGACCGGCUGCGAGAGAGACGGCGGCUCAGCAUUGAAGAAGGGGUGGACCCCCCUCCCAACGCACAGAUCCACACAUUUGAGGCUACUGCACAGGUGAAUCCGCUGUAUAAACUGGGACCAAAGUUAGCUCCUGGGAUGACUGAGAUGAGCGGGGAUGGCUCUGCAGUUCCGCAGGCCACCUGUGACUUGGAAGAGGACACCACCACCUUAUGCUUGCAGUCACGGCGGCAGAAGCAGCGUCAGGUGUCCGGAGACAGCCACAUGCACGUGAGCAGGCAGGGGGCGUGGAAGGUCCACACCCAGAUCGAUUACAUACACUGCCUAGUGCCGGACCUGCUGCAGAUUACUGGCAAUCCCUGCUACUGGGGAGUGAUGGACCGCUACGAAGCCGAGGCCCUUCUGGAAGGGAAGCCGGAGGGCACGUUCUUGCUCAGGGACUCUGCGCAGGAGGACUACCUCUUCUCCGUGAGCUUCCGCCGCUACAACCGAUCCCUGCAUGCUCGAAUCGAGCAGUGGAACCACAACUUCAGUUUCGAUGCUCACGACCCAUGUGUGUUUCACUCCUCCACUGUAACAGGACUUUUAGAACAUUAUAAAGACCCCAGCUCUUGCAUGUUUUUCGAGCCGUUGCUGACGAUCUCGCUGAACAGGACUUUCCCCUUCAGCCUGCAGUAUAUCUGCCGGGCGGUGAUCUGCAGGUGCACCACGUAUGAUGGGAUUGACGGGCUCCCUUUGCCAUCGGUGUUGCAGGAUUUUUUAAAAGAGUAUCAUUACAAACAGAAAGUUAGGGUCCGCUGGUUAGAGCGAGAGCCAGUCAAGGCCAAGUAAACCCUCCUGUUCCCCAAGGGCAUUAGCUAGGUCUCCUUUUGCGGGCACCAGACAGUCCAGCUGUAGCAAGCACAGGGUUGGUGCCAGGUUUUCCCACAACGUGUGUAAAGACAGCGUUAGUUUCUCUCAGAUGCGGCCUACUGUUACUCAGAGCAGUGUGGGGCCUGUUGAAGCUGCAGGCUAGAACUACAAGUGCUGGGUAAGAUUGCAACCCAUUCUGCCAGUUUGGCCACGUUUGGGUUUUUAAUGGCCAUGGUAACUGAGGGAGGCAACUCUGGGGCAUUUGCUAUGAAGAAUUCUAUUUCUUACUGAAGAACAAAUUAUUAAUAAUGGAUGAGCAUUUCAACAGUGUGACUGAUGUUUAAAAUUAUUUUUUCUAAGAGUUUUUCUAUAACCUUCCAAAAGUAGUGAUGUUUGUAGUUACUGUAAGUCAAGCUUUGAAAGUCCAACAGAAUUUAAAGAAAAAAAAAACUGCCUUCCUUUUAGAAAAAAAAAAAUGCAAUUUUCUGGCCAUAAGGGCAUAGUGCAGUUCUCUUAGGUAUUGAUGUAGUUUAUAGUCAGCAUACUUUUACCUUCUGCAAAAGGUACUGUUAAGUAAACCAGGUUUUCUAAAUAGCUAUUCUUCUUACAAUUCCAGACUUAGAGAGUUAAUCGUAGGAUUUUAUUCAAGGCCCUAGGUAUAACCUUUUGAACAAGUGCUUGCACUUAACAACAAGCAUUCAGAAUAGCUGCUGCAGUGUAGUCCUGCAUGUGAUUUCCCAAGUUGACAUGCGCAGUCUAAUGUUUGUUUCCUUAAGAAGUUGGAUCUUCUGCCAUGCUCAUGAUAAGUUCGUGAACCACGAGGAAAAUGAGAGUAGAAAUUGCCCAAACAAGUCAGAUAAUAGUAACUUCAUGGUCGCCGGUGUAUUAUUAUGGUGACACGGUAAUUAAUAAUUUGGAUGGCAGUAUUUACCUCUCUGUUGUAAACUCUCAUAGCUGAAUUGCUCAAGUAUAAUUCAUAGGAUUUCAGUGCAGUUAAUCCUUAAUGGAAAAUCUGAAACCUAAACUGCAGAUUUAAAAGGUACUGUACAACCGUUGUAUGUGUAAAUAACUUUACUUAGCACCUUUUCAUCACUUAGAAUAGUAGGUAAUACAACUGGAGUGAGCUCCUCUUGGAAGUAAUACAAAGUUCUAGUGACUGCUUCUUAGUAUUGAACUGCUUUUCCAGUUCUGUCCUAGAGAUUUUGCACUGAAGUAGCCAAAUCCAUUUUUGUGUCUUUUUGUUGGUGUGCUCUGUACCCCUUGAGUGCUCCCUGGAUCCCCUACCAGCCGCUGCAGAAAGGUGUCACAUCCCCCCAGCUCCUCCUUAUGUAUACAGCGCUGUGUCUGUACGCAACACUAGCCUUUAAACUGCUAAUGUAUGUUUCUGCUUGCCGUGCCUUGUUCUGGCUGCUUUCUUGUGCUAAUAAAGUAUGUUUGGUGUUCUCCUUGUAAAUGUGCUGUUUUAUACAUUUACAAUAGUUCCCCUUGUACGUGGAAUGGUUUGGGUUAUUUUUUUUUUUAAUAAGCAUUACCUGGCAACCUACUCUGGUUAAUGCGGAGUUACUGUGCAGUCUAUAUUGGCUUACUAGAACAAGCCGAGCUUAAAUUCAGUGCUCUACGGCUUUCUAGUCAUAAUCAUAUAUAAUGUGGAACAGUAUCUACAGUUGCUGCAAAUUACUGUACAGUUGAGGUUAUAAUUGAAAACACAGAAAUAAUAAAGUCUGCUGAUUUCUCUGCAGCUAGUGCAAAGCUGGAACUAUCAAUGACAUAUUAAACCAUUAUGUAUAGCAUCCCACUGCAUCAGAAACAGAUUGAACCAAGUCUCAUGAGCUAAUGACACAUCACCAUUUAUUGGUGGUUUGGGGACCAUUUUAAUUGAGAAUUAACACCCAAAUUAUAGUUUAACCAAAGACUUGUCCAUUUUAACAAAAUGGGGGUUGAGGGGACUUAGAAUUUCUGUGUUUCUAGUAGAAGUCCCUGAAUGAACACAUACCAAAGUAAUUGAGAACUUCAUCCAAACCUACUUUAAAGCAUUAUGUGCAAUUAAGUUGUUAUGACAUAAGUAUAUUGCAUUAUUGUUGGGUCUGUUUUCUUGAGCUUAUAAUAUAUCUGGAAAAUAAACCUCUUGGGGGAAAACAAGUCUGUGUUGAUUAUUGGAGAACUAUAUAUGCAAGCAAGAUCAUGUUUAAAAGAGGUCACUUGAAACUCCAAGAAAGCACUUGAUGUUUUAUAUGCUUGUAGCAAAUUGAUGUUCUAAUUAGUUUUAUAGAAAAUAUUAAUGCUUUUCUGUAUUUCAGAACUUUCACUUUUCACAUGGAAAUUGUUUUAAAUGUGUAACUGUAUGAGUUUAUGUAAGCAUGUAUACACUGUGCUAUAAGUCACUUAUGUUUCAGUUUGUGUACAAUAUUAAUAUGCAACUUCUGGUUUAAAUUUUUUCGUAAAAUAUUAGUGGCUUACAUUUUAAAAAAGAAAAAUCACCAGCAUGAAACUACACACAAAUCUAUAUCACUGUGUCUUUUUCUGAA